AAUGCAUUGGACCAUUGCACCCAAAUCCUAAAAGCGAGGUCAAACGAGUGCUUGAUCCCCGACCCAUUUUAACUACCGUGUUUGUCUUGAGCGUUCUUUAUUGUUUGUUGGUUAAGGAUUAAUUUCGCGACAGGCAAUCUGUGGUCAUUCUGUGGAAAUGAGUCAGUACAGUCAUGGAGGAAUAAGAAACGGCGGAGUUGAAUUGCACUGGUGAAUACUCCACGUAUGAAGUAUAAUGUGUCCAGGUUUUCCACAAGAAUCAACUCCGUUGACGCGUGAGUAACACGAACACUGUAAGUUUGGCCAUGGAGGAAUGACCAAAAAUUUAGAAUGAAGGCAAAUGGAGCAUGAGCAACGUGGAUUCAGUCCUGCUGAUACCAAGCCCAUUUCUCAGGCUUUUUUUUUUUACUAUGGUGUGGUGUUAUUAACCUGUGUCUGAGCAUGGUCAGAGAACUUUUGGCAGGGCCGGUGACGUCAUUUGUGGGUAAAAUGAGGUAAUGCCACAAGGGUAAAAAGCUGGAUCGAUGAGUGCCACUUAAGUCUGGGCGCGGAACGAGGUUGAUUAAGGGACCAGUUUAAACCGCAUGCAUUCACACUAUCUCGGUAAUUCUCGUGGGAAGCUCAGAGAAUUGAAGUUCCAAAACUGUGAAUUAAAUUUAAGUUCAGUAAAGAACAUUAAAUCCCCUCAUGACAUGAGUAAUUUAGCUUGUUCUAUUGAAAGCGGAUAUUGCUCAUAAUUUCAGUUAAGUAAAGAAAUUAUUUGAAUUGGUGGCAAGAAGCAAAAUACAUUCAAUCUAAGAACUAUUAUUUCAUAUAUUUUGCUGGACCUGUGAUUCACUUUCUUUCGUGGCGGCAAAAGUUUGGAGCUUCAAACGUGCUGUACGCAGCUUGCAAAUGUCUCUAAAUAGCUUUCCUUCAAAAAGCUUCAUGAAAGUGGCACUUGGUCGGCUGAGAGGCGGAGAACAGCCCCCACAGAUUUCCGCCGUUUAAGAAGUGCACGAUGACAAAAAAGGCUUGAUAAUACGACUAUGUCGUCCUGACCGUGGCAUGGCAUACAAGUCACGGCAAGGGGAAAAGGCCAAUUGGGAGUAACUUAAAGCUCCCGGACAGUGGGAUUUUUUAUGAGAUACACUGUACAUCUCCAACCGAAUGAGGGCAACACUUUCAUUUAAAACAGUGUGUUUGAGGCGAAGGUUUAGUUCCACUAUUUAUCAAUUUUUUUUUUUAUUGGCCUUAAGGAAUAAACAGCGCUCACGUGUAGUCUUUGUAUAAAUACAAUGAUUUAUAGGCCUGUGUUUAUUUUGGAUACUUAUAAGAAGUCAUAUCUUAUUUGAUGACUGAGUUCCACUUUGUAUAAAGCAAAAAUGUGGUUGGGCAGUGUUCGAACAAUUCACAGAAAUUAUUUCGUUCAGAUUAUCUCCCAGUAUGCACGGCUUCUAACUGCCAGCCGGACACUUCUCUACAGUCUAGGUAACAUAAACAUACAUGCACAUGUACAUCGUACAGAUGCCUUCUGUACAUGUACGUCUCGGUCUGCAAUGAUGCCGAACAAUUACACAUCGUCGACUCGGUGUGUUUAACGAGUCCGCGUUCAGCGGCACUGCAACACUUCUUCAAUGGGAAAUCACCGCAGAUAUAACAACCGGCCAAUCAGCAAGCAUGUGUUGGCGAGCGGCCAAUCACAUUACGUACCGGCCACGAUGGGUGUUAAAGUGCGCACCCAGCCAGACGGAUAGGGUACAAGCUCGAUCGAAUUAGAACGCUCGCUGCAGUCUUGUUUCCUUAAUUGUAUGUCAAUAAACGAUCCAACAAUGCAUGAACAGCAAGCGAACGCUGUGUAGAGAGCGAGAAGUAGUGACUAACUUGAGGCGGUCGGUUCGGUCGGUCAGAUAAAAGCCACCGAGAACCUAUACAUGAGUCAUAACCAUUCACCUCAAGACACGAAUUACAUCGGACUGGCACAGUAUUAUUACAAACCUGUAUCACCUACCACAACCGGUUCGAUGCUGAAAAUGAAUGUCCAGAUAACAGAGCUGGAGAGGCCUCUAUCCAGGGGGAGCGACGGCCCGGUUAGCCCUGGGUGCAGCGAGUCCGGGUCGGAGUCUGACACCGCGACCUCUGGCGAGACCCCGUCCAGUUUGGACCCCCGUUUCCCACCGUCCAUCCGCGACGCCGUGUCCCGUGUGCUCCAGGGUUACGACUGGUCCCUUGUGCCGAUGCCCACGCGUGUUGCUGGCAACCCCAACGCUAAGCCGCACAUCAAGCGACCCAUGAAUGCAUUCAUGGUGUGGGCCCAGGCGGCGAGGAAGAAGUUGGCCGAUCAGCACCCUCACCUGCACAACGCCGAACUGAGCAAGACGCUUGGCAGAUUAUGGAAACUGUUGUCAGAGCCCGAGAAGCAGCCCUUCAUUGAAGAGGCAGAGAGACUUCGUCAGCAACACAAGAAAGACUAUCCUGAUUACAAGUACCAGCCAAGACGCCGCAACAAGAACAAACCCAGCAAAGUCCCUCUGACCUCCGAGGCCACCGUGUGCAAGGGCUCUCGCUCUCCUGGUGAUGCAGCCAGGGAGGAUGGUGGUGAGCGGUACGCCAUGCAUGCUCAACCUCAGCAGACAGGUCCUCCAACUCCACCCACCACGCCCAAAGAGGAAGCCGAGCGCCUGAGCGGUCAGCCUCCCCAGAAGCGCAUGAAGUAUAUUCAGCUAAAGGGGGAGCGUCCACACCAGCAACUGCCGGUUGAUCUAGUGGGUGUGGACAUCCGCGACCUGAGCAGCGACAUGAUGGCCAACAUGGAUGGCUUGAUCAAUGAGGAUCUAGACCGCUACCUGGUCACAAGCUCUGCCCAUGGACAACACCAACAGGUACCACCACCAAACAGUCCCAAGUGCAGCACCUACUCAAUGAUGAAUGUCUGCCAGAACAUUGGGCGAUCCGAGCAGUGGCUCAACAGGCAUGGGGCAUCUCAGAUCUCAGUCUCCAGUGAGUUGAAGCUGGAGGAGGCGAUGCUGUCACCGGACCACCACUACACAGCCUCACCGACCUCAACCCAGGUCCAACCCUACGACUACAGCAUGCAGCAUCAAUAUGCAGCGGAGUACCCCUCCAUGACUGGUCAGUCCUUCGACUACCCACACCAACCUUCACAAGCUCAGCUAGGUUAUUACACCAACAACCCAAACAGUCCCUCAGCAGUGUCUACGCUACCUGCAACCUACCAGUACCCUCAGCAGCAGACCUCACCAAAUCACACCUCCUACGGCCUCCUUGAGGGGGCUCAGCCUGUUCUCUCUGAGGCACGCACAUGGGACACUUACCAGCAAAACCACAACAGGUCUUGGGAGGACCAGACUGUACACUCUGCUGACAAACCUUGUAAAUCGAGCCCCAUCAACUAACUUUCCGAAGGUAUUUCAAGUGUCCAAUAAUAUGCAGGAAAGCCAAUCAACUAACUUAUUUGGGAACCACAUGUACACUUGAAUAACUGAUGUAAAUAUGACUGGAAAGAAACAUGCUGUGCAUGUUCAGCAAACUACUAUCCUGAACAUUCUCCACUCUAUAAAAUACCAGAAAUGAAUGUACAAAGUUUUAUGUAAAUAUAACUUCUUUUUUUCCAAUUGGUUUAUCCAUGCUGAAUCAGUAAGGUUGGGGUUAACAGGUGCAGAGGUCAACAGGUGUUUUUCCUACCUUUGGACGAAUGGAGAUGGUUACUGCUGUUGAAGUACAUCACGUAUGUAAUGCUUCACCCAACAAGGCAUGCUAGCAGUUGGUAACAGGCAUGUAAAAUGUAUUCAAACUGUUAGGUGCUUUCCACGAGGCUUGCUGUGAGAGUGAACAAUGUCAUUUCUCUUACAGCAAUGCACCCUUUGCAUCCUUUUUUUCCCAAAUACAUGCACAAAUGAACACCAUGUGCAGGGUAAGCCUAAGUAUUUCAAAUGUGUCCUCUCAAUUAUGGUACAUGUGUUUUUCCCUGGUGGAUUAUUUGAUUGAUGUAAAUAACGGAACUUUGAUUCAGCAGGCCUUGAACACUGUCCCACUCUCAGCCGUUAGUUCUGAUAAUCUGCAUUUGGUUAGCACAUGGACAUCUGUCUUCCUUUAAAAACAUGUUUAUUUUACUCUUGUUCGGAUGGUUUUACAUCGAGCUGUACAAUGGGAAUUUUAUAAAAGGUGUACAUUUUAAGAGGAUCAGUUCAGCAAUUCUCUUUACAUCUGUAUGUUGAUAGAAUCGCAGACUUCACAGUUCCAUCUGAAACGAAACCACUGCAUAUAUUAGAAUCAAAAUUUCCAUAUCGGAGUACAGCAGGGGUCCUCAACUGUGACACGGCCGAAAUCGUAUUUUCAUUAUAUAUUUUGAGAUUUGUCUUUUAUAUCACAGAUGUAUAUUUUACAAUAUGUUUUGGUACUUUUUGAUAUUUAACAGAGAUAAAUGAGCGGUUGGGGAAUGUACAAAGUAAAAAUGAGGCCUUUUUACACAGAAGAGAUGAGUUGAAGUGGUGAAUGUGUUGCUUAAGUUUUAGUGAGUAUAAAUACGUAAGGAUGGGCUCAUUUAAGUGCACCUAUUGUACUUGUUUUCUUUGUGUUAGAUACACACGCAUCAACUUUCCAAAUUUUGGGGUUUUAUUUUUAUCAUUUCGUUUCAAUACAUUCUGUGCUUUCUGUCUAGAAUGGAUUUAGGGUGAAACUCCUCAUAAAAAUGAUCCCACUAUGCCACAAGGGGGUUGUUUCAUAA